AUGUCGACCGACGCACCGGCUGACAUCAAAAACGAGGGGUCCAUGAUGGACGCCGAUACCAUCAGCGCCAAUGAAGAGGCCCAGCACGCCCUCUACAUUGACCCCAAGGAAGAAGCCAAGGUCGUGAGAAAACUGGAUAUCUUUUUGACGCCUGUUCUCUUCAUCGUCUAUCUGUCUUGCUUCAUUGACAGAGCUAACAUUGGCAAUGUAGGCAAUGUCAAGGUUGCUGGAAUGCCCGAGGCCAUUGGAGCCUCUGAAUCCCAGUACUCGAUCGUCGUCUCUAUCUUCUUCAUUACGUACAUCGUCAUCGAAAUCCCCCGUGUCAUCCUCGUCAAGCGCUUCACACCUCGAUAUAUUCUAACCUUUCUCUGUCUCGUCUGGACUGGGGCGACUAUCGCCAAUGGUUUCAUCAGCAACGUGGGAGGUCUCUAUGCUUGUCGACUGGCUUUAGGCGCUGCAGAAGGAGGUCUUUUUCCCUCAUUGAAAAUGUACCUCACUCUUGUUUACAAGAGAGAUGAGAUGGCUAGGCGAGUCUCGUACCUUGUUUCCUGCGUGGCCCUGUCAGGGGCUAUCGGCGGACUGCUUGCAUAUGGACGGCAUUGGGGGAUAUCCUGGCUGGAGGUCAGUAACAAUGUUUUUCCUGCGCCUAUAUGGUGUGGUCAGGCUGACAACUCGCUUCUCAGAUGGGUCUACAUCUUCGAAGGCGCUUUCAGUCUCGUAUGCGCUUUCGGAAUCUGGUUCGGUUUGCCCAGCGAUGUUCGACAGUCGUAUUUCCUUGACAAGAAGGAGCGGAAGAUCAUGGAAAUUCGCCAUCAGCAACGAAUGUCGUACAUGGGAGAAGAUGUCUUCUCAUGGGAAGAAAUCAGGUUGGCCGCCACAGAUGUCAAAGUCUGGCUAUGCGCUGGAACCCAGUUCAGCCAGAACAUUCUAAGCAAUGGCUUUGGAACUUUUCUCCCUGCUAUCCUACAUGCCAUGGGCCAUGACAGACUUUCCGCCAAUUACUUGACCAUCCCAGUCUACGUCCUUGGUGCCGUUGGAUUCUUUACCUUUGCGUUUCUAUCAGACAAGUAUCAAAAGUGUGGCCCUUUCAUCUUGUUUACCAACUCGCUCGGAGGCGUUGGCUACAUCUUGCUCAUUACCGUUAAGAAUAACGCGGUCAAAUACUUCGCUACCUUUGUCUGCACUAUUGCCGUUUACAAUGGUACCGGCCUUAACUUGGCCGCUUAA